AAUUUACAAUUUUCGAAUAAGAAGAUAAAGGGGUUUUUGAUUUUUAAUAGCGGGAUCUUUUUAGUCCGAUAUUGCUCCAGCUACACCUUCCAAACAAAACUUGAACUGAAAAAGGUUUCCUUUUGACUUUUAAAAAUAUAAAAGUAUUUUGAAGUCGCUUUCUAAGAAAGAAGAUUGGCAAAUACUUUAAAAAGCCACAAAAAGGGAAGGAAGAAAAAGCGCCACAAACAUUUGAAGUUUUGGAAAACUUUAAUCUAUAUUCAAAAAGAAAACCUUUCAAUUCCACGUCAGAUUAUUUGCUCAGAUGAUAGUGUUGGUGUCGUCAUGAAUAUUCACAUUUCCACGUGCUUUCGUGUUUAACUUGCACGCUUUGAGCUAGACAGGGCUAUUAUUGUCUUUUUCCUUUUAUCCCGAGGUGACCACGUUGGAUGUGCUGGUGGUAACGAAAGCGGAAAGGAUCGAACCUUCUUUGCUUCAUUUAAUUAGUUUCUGAACCGUCUGUGGGGAAAUGACGAUGGCGAUGAAGGUGUCUCAGCGAAAGACUCUCACUGGUUUGUUUUGCUUCAGCUUUUCGAUAAUUCUUGCAUCAGCGAAUCUUGCCGCUAGUGUGGACCUGUGCGGUGUUGGUAAAAUUGAAGGUAAAAAUAUUACCCUGUCGUUGAACUUCUCCCAAGAGGAUGUGAUGAAAAAUGGCGGAGAAUGUAGCCGUGUUGUAAUAAUGGAAUCAGCGCGGGUGAAACUUGUGGUCGAGGAAUUGAACCUCGCUAAUGGAGCAGUCUUCGAGAUAUACGACGGCCCUCGGCCAGAUGAAGGCCAACUUCUCAGUCCAAAAGCGGACGUUGGAUUAUCAAGGACCUACACUAGUACGAGAAACGCUUUGUUUAUUGUGUUCAGAGAUGGCCAAGGAAAGGAAGGGCCUUCGAGUUUUCGCGGGAAAAUAGCGUCUGAACCUUAUCAGCACGCGUGCAGCUGUCGGUCUGUGGAUAAUGGACAACUGGAGUGUUCUGAGAGUGAUCACGAAAGAAGUUGUAAAAUAAAUUGUCAAGCGUCACAUAUGGACUUGUCAAUAAAUAAAGAUGUGAAGUGUGAUCUCGUAAAAGGAGAAUGGGAUAUUGAUAUUCACAACAUGCACCUAGCGUGUCAGAAGGUGGAAAGCCCUUUGCAAAUCAAAGCACUGAUGCAUUUCAAAUACGAUAAUGCAACUUGUAAAGAUGUUGACCUAGACAAAAUAAAAAGUACCUUCAAAGUGUUCAUUGAACAAAACAGUGACAUAAAAGCCAAGGGUGUGUGUUUUGCUGCAGGUGGCGAUGAGAAUAUGGAUUGCAAGGGAAAGAAGCUUCUAGUGAACUGCAGCGGUGACAAGCCAGCCAGAGUAAUAGUAAUAAUUACAGACCGUGUAACAGAACCUUCAACUUUAAAGGAAGCCAACGUGAAACUUCAAGAGCUGAUCAUAGCCUAUAAGAACUUGAAGUUUGUUAAUGUUUCAAGCUUCCCAGAUUUAGUCAUGAAAAAUGGAAAUGAGUCAUUCACUCCAGACAUUACAUCAGCUUCUCCUGAGAUAACACCUCUUUGUGAUGAUCCACAUGACUAUAUUAAGGUCCCUGGCAAUAACACAUCUUUUGUCUGUUCCACCUGCCCACUGCAACACUCCUAUAACACUUCUACCCACAUGUGUGACAAGUGUCCUUCUGGGAGUAGAGCAUCUUCCCAUGCAACCUCUUGCACAAAGAGCAAUGGCACCAUAAAGGCAACCCCUAUCAAGAGUCCAUGCAGUAGUGCAUGUAUGAAUGGUAUGCAUGUAGAUCCUACCUCUAAGCUGUGUGAAUGGUGUCCCCAGAAUACUUACCAGAACUCUUCAACUAUUCUAAACCCCAAGUGUGUGCCUUGUCCUGAUCAAAAGAAGACUAGCUUUCCAGGGGCACAGAGUGCAAGUGAAUGUCGCAACCCUUGUGCAUCUGGUUCUUUCUACAAUGCAUCAAGUGGUGUUUGCCAGGGUUGCCCUAUUGGUUCUUACAUUGAUGUGGAUAUGCAUGCAUUCACCAAGUGCAAGACAUGUAGUGUGGGUAAGACUACCCGAACAACUGGAAGCAAAGAGAGAGGUGACUGUUACACUAGGUGCACACCAGGUCAAUUUUACAAUUCAGAAUCAAAGGUGUGUACUCCUUGUGGAAAAGGUAAAUAUCAAGACAAGAUGGACAAAGACACUUGCAUAGAUUGCCCUGCUAACAAAACAACUCUGAAUCCAGGAUCAAAAACUUCAGCAGAAUGUGUGAUUUUGUGUGGAGCAGGACAACUUCUUACAGAAUCUAAUGAAACAUGUGAUGAUUGUCCAAUAAAUACAUAUCAGGACUUGGAUCAGCAUCAAACCAAGACAUGCAAGUCCUGUGGAGCAAGCAAAAUCACCAAUGCAACAGGGCAAUCCAGUAUUUCUCAGUGCUUGGAGAAGUGUAGCAAGGGCUGGUUCCUUAACAAGUCUGCCAACAUGUGUGAAAAGUGUCCUGCAGGACAGUAUCAAGAUCAGCAGGGCCAAGAGAAAUGCAAACAAUGUCCUACAGGGGAGCAUCAAGAUCAGCCAGGCCAAGAGCAAUGCAAACAAUGUCCUACAGGGGAGUAUCAAGAUCAGCAGGGCCAAGAGCAAUGCAAACAAUGUCCUACAGGGGAGUAUCAAGAUCAGCAGGGCCAAGAGCAAUGCAAACAAUGUCCUACAGGGGAGCAUCAAGAUCAGCAGGGCCAAGAGCAAUGCAAACAAUGUUCUACAGGGGAGCAUCAAGAUCAGCAGGGCCAAGAGCAAUGCAAACAAUGUCCUACAGGGGAGCAUCAAGAUCAGCAGGGCCAAGAGCAAUGCAAACAAUGUCCUACAGGGGAGUAUCAAGAUCAGCAGGGCCAAGAGCAAUGCAGACAAUGUCCUACAGGGGAGCAUCAAGAUCAGCAGGGCCAAGAGCAAUGCAAACAAUGUCCUGCAGGACAGUAUCAAGAUCAAGAGGGCCAAGAGCAAUGCAAACAAUGUCUUGCAAGACAGUAUCAAGAUCAGCAGGGCCAAGAGCAAUGCAAACAAUGUCCUGCAGGAGAGCAUCAAGAUCAGCCAGGCCAAGAGCAAUGCAAACAAUGUCCUACAGGGGAGCAUCAAGAUCAGCCAGGCCAAGAGCAGUGCAAAAAGUGUGCCACAGGGGAGUACCAAGAUCAGAAAGGCCAGGAGCAGUGUAAAAAGUGUCAAACUGGGGAGUAUCAAGAUCAACCAGGCCAAGAGCAGUGUAAAAAGUGUUCUGAUGGCAAAACCACUGAAAACCAGGGAACUGAUGAUUCCAAACUAUGCAUAGCCAUUAAUGUAGAGGACAAAUAUCAGAUGUCUCUUACAUUUCUUUCUCUUUCUUGGAGUGAAGAACUUAAAGACAAAGGCAGUGUGAAAUACAAAGAGGUAAAGACAAUCAUUGAGGCAGCAAUCAGAUUUGAAUUCCGUAAAGAUCAAUCAUUUAAACAUGUUAAGGUGACUAACUUAAAGAAAGGCAGUGUCAUUGCAGAGUUUGAUGUGAGCUUCAGUGGCAAAGCUGAUUACGAUUCUGUUAAAGCUCUUCAAGAAACUGUAGAUAAAGGUAGUGUGGGGAACUUGACUGUUUCUCCACAAUCACUGAAAAUUCUUUUUCAACCAUGCCAUCAACCUCUAGGCAUGGAAAAUGGUCAAAUCAAGGAUGACCAAAUCACAGCGUUGACAUUCUUAGAAAAUCAUGAGCCCUCUGAGGCCAGACUAAAUGCUAAAGGAGGGCGUGGCUGGCAUGCGAAGUAUACCAAGAGGACAGAGUACUUGCAGAUUGACUUCAAGACGGAGGUCAACAUUACAGGCGUGGCCACACAAGGAGUAUCCUCCGCUUAAGAUGCUUAUGUCACAGAAUAUAAGCUUAGCAUGAGCAAAGACGGAAUCACCUGGCAUGAAUAUACUGAAAAUAACAAAUCAAAGGUUUUCACUGGAAAUAAUGAUGCAGAAACUGUUGAGAGAAACAACCUUGUAGCACCAGUGCCAUCUCAGUUCAUCCGAUUUCUGCCUCAAAAUUGGAACAAGCGCAUCUAUAUGCGGGUGGAGGUCUACGGCUGCAUGCCCAUCAACCUGCCUGCUCCGUCACCUACAACUGGUGCCAACAUAGCCGCAAUAACAGCAAAAGAUGAAAAGUGGCAAUGGGGUGCAUAUCUUGGCAUCGUGUUUGCAAUCCUGCUUGUCAUUGGAGUUGUGGUUACUGUCAUCUGCUGGAUGAAAAAGAGCCAAGAAAAGAGAAAGGAAGUUGGAACAGAUGAAGCUCUGAUGGGAGUGAGGAAGCAUAACGAUGGGGAAUACAGAGUCAUUGAGAAAAUUGCUGCAGAGCCUGACGAUGAUGAUGAUAAUGUAGUUUGAUUAAAGAAUCAAAGACAUUAAGAGUUGAUAAAAGAGGCAAUAUAACUUGCACUUCUUCAAAGACAAAAACAGCUAAUUAGUCAUUUUAGAGUUGUGUCUGACAAACUCAAUACAAGAUAUCUAUCUUUUUCAAAACUUUUGAUUGUUUCUUAGAUAUUAAAGUACUCUGUAGAACAGUUACUUGACUUGACAGGGUGUUAGUGAUUUUGCUAAAAAGAGUACCCAGGCACAAGGGACAAAGUCUUGUCUGCUCACCAAGCUCUUGCUUUAUAUGCUCGUGUGUAGCAAUUAUAUUACGUGUAUUAAGUUAUGACCUUAAUUUUAAUCAUUAACACCUGAUAACUAGAAAUUAUGCAGAAAACCUCUUGUGGUCAACUAUACCCUUAUUCCAGUGGGGGAAAAAAACAAGUCAUUGUUUUGUUGCCAUGUUAAUUGGGCCUCCUUCAGCCUUAUUUUAAGCUGAAGAUUAUUUCAAAUGCAAUACAUAGAA